CAAAUAUUAAACUACGCACAUUAUUGCGCUGGGCAAAGCGAUAUGCGCUUUCUUGUCGCUGCAACCGUUUUUGAACUUGGCAUUAUGUUUAAAGUUUAUUAUUUAAUUCCGAACUCGGAGUUAUAGUAUUUCAUUUCAGCUACAACUACAAGCAUGUCCGUUUUAUUCCCGUCUUACCAGGCAAUUUGGUUCGUGCAAUACUGCAAUAUUGAAACACUGCAACCGUUAUUACAGUUAUGAAAGCUUCGAGUUUCCCCACAGCGCGUUUCCAUGAUAAAUUGCCUGUUCAUGAAAAUCGCCGCAACAACCGAGCUGCUGCGCACGUCAGCUCAUCGGUCAGCAGCGUGAAUAUAUCCACAAACUCCAGAAAACCCAAAGCAAGUGUCUCGCAAAUUAGUGUCGGCCAGGAAGCACAGCGUGUGCAGAACGAAUUAGCACACGUACUGCAGAGUCUGCGCGAUGCCAGCAGCGUCGCCAUUCCCGAUGCCAAUGACGAGGACACUGUGGAUUUAUCGGACCGACUGAUGCGGCGCAGUGCAGACUCGGUGAAGCUGCACAUGAUGAAAGCGCAGAUGCGCAUCCAAGAGGAGAACAUGCAAAAGGUCACCAGUCAAGCGGCUGUCAAUACACAGCAGUCAGUGAAACUGUCAGCCGAAAGCGAGAAGCUCAUCAAAAACAUACGCAAUCUGAAAGCGUUUGAAGCCCAACAGGUAAAGAAGAUUCAGGAUUUGCAUAAAGAAGUGUUGGAUGCCAAUAAGUCAAUUGGACAUUUAGUGAAAGAGGUGGGACGCGCCAAAGCCGAGCUGAAGUGCGAUGCGAAAAGCGAGAAAGAAGAAAAGGAGAAACUGAGUCUCCAACAUAAUUCGUGGGAUCGUUUGUUGGCGCAGAACGAAACACUGAAAAGCGAUGUCCAAGCGGCGAAAGAGGAUAAUCGGCGCUUGCAAGAAGUGGUUGGGCAACAGCAACGACGUCUGCAAGAGAACAAACGACGGCAUUUGCAAGACCGUAAACGUUGCAUGAAUGUGAUACAGAAACGACAAAUGUUGGUGGAUCUCCUGCGGAAGAGGCGGGACCAGGUGGAGAAUUGUCGUAUGCUACAACUGUCCGAAGCGGAAUUCAAAGCGGCGUUUAGACCAUCCAGUAGUUUUCAUGACGAGCAGCAUUAGUGGCAGUUGCUUUUCUUUUUCUGAAGAGCCUAAUAAACUCAUUCGCAUUCCAACCGGUACAAUAUUGUUGCAAUCUCUGGCAUCCAGACAUUUGCAGCAUUACCAUGGCGGUACUGCAAUAAUAAUAAUGAUUACUCGUACCGCUUAUGUGUAGAAGUAUACAGAUAGUGUACUGCGCCUGGAUGUUUUGCUGCUUUGAAUCAGAUAAUCUAGAAACUUAUCUGAUGAUAGUACGGUAAAUACGGU